AUGGCUGACAAGCAGGAAACUAAACGCCGCCGGGUCACUCGGGCGUGCGACAACUGUCGACAGAAGAAGGUCAAGUGCGACGGGAAACAGCCGUGUAUCCAUUGCACCGUCUAUUCCUACAAAUGCACCUACGACCAGCCCAACAUCCGCAACAAGCGUAAUCUGGGGAUACCCCAACUGCUGCCCAACGCGGGCGUGAUCGGGUCGGCAGCGCUAGGCUCGGUCCAUAAACCCGUCCCCAAAGCCCUGCCGUCAAACAACUUGAUCCUCGCCCAAAACAUCUUGAACUUGUUGUUGCCCAAACUCAAACUUAAUUGCCUCGAUGACGUCCAUCCAAUGAAAUUCGACUUUGACAAAUUCCAAAAAGUCGUCCAGUAUUUGGAGCAGCGCAAAGGCCUGGUCAACAUGCUGGAGGUCAUGGACUUGUACCUAGAUGGUAACCCGGCCCCUUCGAUCACGUCGGCGACCGCGUCGCCGGUGUCGCUGAGUCGUCGCCUACUGAAUUCCCUGGAGGAACAAAUGAACUACCCCCGCGAGAUCCGCCUCAUAUUACCCCCGAAGGAAACCGCCCUCCAACUAAUAUAUACCACGUGGGAAAAGGCGUGCGUGUUGUUUCGUUUUUACCACCGCCCGUCCCUCUUGGACGCCGUCGACGCCAUCUACCUGAUGGACCCGUCCCAGUACGGCGACAAGCAACAAAAGUUCUUGCCCUUCUUGUACUCGAUCUUGGCGUGCGGGUCGCUUUUCAGUAAGCUGGCAGAACUGCUGCUGGCAGACAAUGAGGGCUACGAAGACGAUGGGUUUCGCUACUUCUUGGAGGCGCGUAAGUUGAUUGAUAUCUCUAACGUCGGCGACAUCUCGUCGAUCCAAACGAUUGUCAUGAUGAUCAUGUACCUCCAGUGCAGUGCCAGAUUAUCGACUUGCUACUCAUAUAUCGGUAUCGCCCUCCGGCUGGCCCUAAAAGAGGGAUUGCACCGAAACUUGUCCAUAUUCCAGAAUGGCCAUCGCAAGCUCGACCCCAUCGAGAUCGACACCCGCAAAAGGUUGUUUUAUACCAUCUACAAGAUGGACAUAUAUAUCAACUCGUUAUUGGGCCUCCCCCGAUCGAUCAAUGAGGAUGAAUUCGACCAAGACUUCCCCGCUGAACUUGACGACGAAAACAUCACUCGGUCAGAGUAUCUUUAUGAGAACCAACAGGGACGAUUAUCCUCUUCGGGAUGCGCCAAUCACCACACUAAAUUGAUGUUGGUUUUGAGUCAUAUCAUCCGCAAGCUUUAUCCUAUUAAGGUGAAGAAAACCAAGCAAGAACUGGAUAAUGCUCCCCCGACUCCUGAUCACAUUCACACUAAGGUCACCGAGUUGGAAAUGGAACUCAAAACUUGGUUGGAUAAUUUACCUAAAGAACUCCGCCCGACUGAUCCUAACGACCCCACCAGUGACAAGGAUAUCCCGCCAAAGUUUUUGUUGGCCAACUAUUACCUUCAAUUGUCAUUUCUCAACUGUCAAAUCAUGUUAUACCGACCAUUCAUUCACUUCGUCAGCAACCAAAACCCGGCCCUCUUAUCUAGCCACGAUCCGAGAUCGCUCAUACGGGGCCGUAAUUGCAUCAAGGUUGCUCGUAUGGUGGUGAAGUUGGCCAAUAAGAUGAUUGACCAGAAAUUAUUGGUGGGGACGUACUGGUUCCUGAUGUACACUAUUUUCUUCUCGAUUGCUUGUCUCAUCUAUUACUACCAUUUCGCAAAUACUCUGUCCGACUCGCCUGACGCCGCUCACGGCGGUAACUACGCCGGCGUGUUAUUUGAUGACGACUUGGACAUUGACCAGAUCAAAAGAGACAUUGAGAUCGGUAAAAAAGUGUUGGACUGCCUCAAAAACAACUCCAAUGCUAGUUUGCGGAUCUACAAUAUCUUGAACACGUUGUUUGAGCAGUUGAACCGCCGGACCGCCAGCACCACGCGUGCCCACGGCACCAAUGGCUUCAACUUCAAGAAAGCCACUAUUGAACUGGCCUCUGAUCGUCUUGAUCGCCCGACGAUUGAAGCCCCUAAACCGCAAAGUGCAACUGCGGCCAGUACGGCCUUGGCCCAAUCGCAACUGCAGCCCGUGAAUCUGACCAACGGUAGUAAUUACCUGGCGUACUCACUUCAAGAUAGCCAGAGUGAGGAUCCGUUGGGGCAAGCGUUCUCCUACAUUAAAUCUGUCAACAAGCAACCGGAGACGGAUGAUGAUUUCCUGAACUCCUACGUCCCGGGGGUUUUCGACAAGUUGGAUGCGCAGAUCUUCGGUAAGAUUUUGCCUCCUUAUAUGCUUGAGAAGAACUACCAGAUCCAGCGGGCUCUGCUGCAACGGAACACCCCCACCGACACUAGAGCCAACUCUCCUGCGCCCCAGGGCCAGUUUAAUGCUCAGGCUGGUCAAGACGGUGCCACUCGCCAAGCCACCAACGACGCGCCUGCUUCUAGUGGUGAACGGUUCGGCCUGAUAUCAAACCUUAGUGUCGAUUUAAACGAAUUGCCCAACGUAAAGAUGGAAGACCUUGACUUCAUGUCAUUUGGCGACGCUAAUCUUGACUACUUGGACCCGUUCAACCCCAUGCCCAACUCAAAAGGGGACUCGUACCCCAACCUCGAGUUUAAUGCCGAUCAAAAUAACUGA